AUGGAUAAGGAGUCGCUCCAGGUGUGGGUGAGGGGGAUCUCCCGCGAGGAUGUUCCCAUCACGAAGUUGCCGCCGGGGUUUUUUGCCCUCCACGUCGGCGUCCCCGGCUUGAGCAGCAUCAUCGGCUCCUUCCCACCCUGCAACGAGUGGGGGCUGAUGGACGAUACCCCUACUCAGUCCCUACGCUCUCCUCCGCCCGCACCCCGUGGGAAGCAGGUGCAGGAGGAGAGCGGGAGCGAGUCAGGGGCCAGCCAGCCCCACGACUCGUCCUCCGACGACGAGCCGGGUCGGGUUGCCGCCGCCCGGGAGGUCAUCCUUGUGGACAACGCGGAGGAGGACAGCGACGACGCGCCCCUGAUUGUGCGCGGAUCAAGGGCGCACGCAGUGGCCGCGGCCACCACCACGGCGGCGACGAUGGCAUCCGCCCCUGCGGAGGCUACCAGCUCCGCGACGGUGGCCGCCCUGGGGGCGUCCCCCGGCACCUCAGUGACGACCACCCCCGCAGCGGUUACCGGAGCCACGGCGGUGACCACCUCGGCAGCGCCCGCUAGCGACCCGGCGGCGGCUCCCAGCUCCGCGACGGCAGCCGCCUUGGGGGCCUCCGCCGGCACCUCAAUGGCGACCUCCCCAGCAGCGGUUGCCGGAGCCACCGCGGUGACCACCCCGGCAGCGACUGCCAGCAACCCGGCAGCGGCUACCUCAGCAGAAACUGCUGGAACCACGGCGGCAGCCACACCAGCAAUAGCCCCCGACACCGCGGCGACCCCUUCGACGGUUCCCGCGGCGCCCCGGGCCGCGGCAACCCCUCGGGCACUCACGAACCCACCCGCUCAGGGGUUCUUCCAGGGCUUCACGCUCCGGCGCAACCCCCCGAAGGCCGAUUCGUCGGCAACCGCCGGCAAGAGGGGGAGGGAUGAUUCCCCGUCGGCCGCGCCGAGCAAGAAGGCGCGCACGGGCGCUGGCAGCGACGCUAACCCGGCCGACACAGGGGCUAGUGGCGCCGCCACCGCAUCCGCCGGCAAUGCUCCGCCCGCAGCAAGCCUCCCGGAGACCCUUGCCGGGACGGAGGAGGAGGGGGAGGCUCCCCCCGCAAGCCCAGUGGCCUCGCAAGGCCCAAGCGCGCCCGCACCGGAAGCGGGCGCUACGGUAGUUGACCUCGACUCCGACGUUGAGGAUAAGGGGAGGGCGGAGGAGCCGGAGGCAGUCCCCACGCCAAGCCCUGCUGCGCCGGCCGUGGCGGCAGCGACGACCACUGCCGUCACCGGGACGGCACUCGACGACGCGUCAGCGACUGCAGACGUCGCUGGCACGGAUUCUUCUACCGCCCAGCAGGGGGCGGUCCCUGCCGGGGAUGCAGCAACCUCACCAGCACUGCAGUCCCCGAGCGCGAGGGAGGGGGAGGUCGCUGAGGAGGAGCAACAGGAUGCUCCGACGCAAGCGGACGACCCCCCGCCCAGCUAUACGGUGGCAGCGGGGGCUUCGUCGUCGUCGGCUGCCACCUUCAACACCGACCUUGGCAGCCUUGCCGGGCACAACGCGAUCGCCAAGAGCCAUCUUGGCGAGCUGCGGCUGGCCUUGGAGAAGGAGCGUCAGGAGCUCUCCCGGCUGCGGGAGGAGACGCGCCUCGCCCGGGAAGCCUUGGAGGAUGCCGACACACCGGUCGUCCUCGAAGAGGAGCUCUACCGGCGACUGGAGGCUCAGCGCCCCGAGCUCCAAGGAGCUCUGGACUCGCUGGUGGUGGCCCAGGCGGAAACCAAGAAGGAGCACGCUGACGUGCUCGCUGUAGCCCAGGCUCGGAUCGACGAGAAGAGUGAUCUGAUCGCUACACGUCUGGAUCGCCAAGUUUGGGACUGA